CCCCUCCCCUCAAAAGGUCUCGAGUGCGUCCGUCCGUGUUUGGCACUCUCUCUCUCUGGGGCUUGGAGGGCGAGACGCGCGUGAAGAGGGCGUGACCGGGAUCGGGUCGUGGCGGCAGGAGAGGGGCGCCGGCGCCGGCGGAGAUGACGAGACGGUGCUCGCACUGCAGCAACAACGGGCACAACUCCCGCACGUGCCCGACCCGUGCGGGGGGAGUGAGGCUGUUCGGAGUGCGGCUCACGGAUGGGGUGGGCUCCAUGAAGAAGAGCGCCAGCAUGGGGAGCCUCUACUCUGCCGGCUCUUCCUCCAUCGCUGGCGCUGGAGGCGGUGGCGGAUGCUCGCCCAAUCCGGGAUCGCCGUCCAACGAUCCGCUCCGCGACCACCAGGUCGCGGCUGCCGGCUACGCCUCCGACGACGCUGCCCACGCUUCCUGCUCCUCCAAUUGCCGUAGCGAGCGCAAGAAAGGUGUCCCGUGGACUGAAGAAGAGCAUCGGAUGUUCUUACUGGGUCUGCAGAAGCUGGGUAAAGGUGACUGGCGUGGGAUAGCUCGAAACUUUGUCGUGUCUCGGACUCCAACACAGGUGGCCAGCCAUGCCCAGAAAUACUUCAUUCGGCAGACAAAUGCAUCAAGAAGGAAGAGACGCUCGAGCUUGUUUGACAUGGUCCCUGAAAUGCCAAUGGAUCAGCUCCCAGUUCCUGAAGAACGGUUCGUGCACCAGUCUCCUAAUGAACCUGAUAACGCAAACCAGCAUCCAGCUUUAAAUCUCUAUCAAGAUCAAGAACCUGAGCUUUCUGAACACUUCACAAAAAACAACCCUCCUCAGGAGCUCAAUGAAACCGUACCCUACGGCAAUAACCUGAUGUCGGUAGUCCCGGCAUUCUACCUCGCAUCCAUUCCUAUGCCUUACACAUUCUGGCCUCCAGAUCUGAAUGCCCCUGCAAAACAAGAGACAGGUGAGAUGCACGAGAUCGUGAAGCCUACGCCCGUCGUUCCCAAGGAGGCGGUCAACAUGGACGAGGUCGCAGGCAUGUCGAAACUCAGCAUCGGCGAGCAUGCUGCCGGCCGCAUGGAGCCAUCUGCUCUCUCUCUCAAACUGCUAGGAGCCUCGACGUCAAGGCAGUCGGCCUUUCACCUGAAUCCGUCGAUCAGCCGGCCUGAUCUUAGCCAGGGUAGCAGCAAUGCAAUCCAUGCAGUUUAGGCAGAAAAUAAAUAGAUGAAUGCUGGGAUCUAUUUGCAGUAUACAUAUUCUUUAUCUCAUGUUGCUACUAAUUUAACUUCUCAUACAUUUAGGAUCGUCUUAUUCAUGUGACAAACCCCAGUCAUAUUUGUAGUUUCAUGUUUUUGUUUAUAGCUGGACAAGGAAUUCGUGUCAAAUAAAUGACAUCCUUUGCUCUUAUCAGCAGGGGGGUUGUAUGUUGUGAUGUAAA